GGAUCAAUGCCUCCUUGAAGUAGCCUCUCGCCUCAUCUCGGCCCAUUGCAGGUACGUCGAGAAUGUUUCGCCCGGCAACCGAGACUGCUAGUUUUCGUUUCAGCGAUAGAAACACCAAUUCGGAGCUGGUGGCCAGGUGCAAUGUCAAACGCUUUGCCAUACAUUUGUCCGCCGACAACUUUUCUGCAUCGCCCGAGUUGAGAGCACGUUAUCUCUUCUUGUUGCAAGUUGUCGAAGAGUUCGAGAUAAAUGGUGUUAUUGUCGAGGAUUUCUGGGAUUGGGCUGUCGAGCCCCUGCUCCCCAUUUUGUGGAAAUUACCCACUCGAGACAAGGCAGCGCAACCAACCCUGAACGACUUUUUCAACCCCGAGACUUUUGUUUAUACCUUAAACAGCCAAGGAGAACCUAGAUUUGGCAUUUUUAUUGUCGAUGAAUUCUGUGCGCCACGGGUGCCUUUUAGCCCAUCUGAACUCGUGCACCCCGGCGACAAGCAAUUCCUCAAGAAUGAGCUGGAUACGUAUAGGAAGAUCGACGGAACACGGCUUGACAACAAAAUGACGGUUUCACGCCUCCAUGCUUUGGUGCGGAACGACGACGGCGUUAUUUUUGGGCUUUUACUCACCUAUAUUGACUGUGAACGUGUAAUACUAACGUGUGCAGUGCACUCGGGAACGCCAAUUGCGCUAAGCAAGAGAUUGGCCACACAAAUUCGAGAAACUGUUGGGGAUGCCAAACCGGAUAAUGACCUGAUUGACGUAAACCAUGAUGCUUGGGUUGUUGAUUUGGAUGGCGGAUAUUACAGAGGUGAUCGUAUUGCUCUCGAGAAGAUAGUGGAAUACAUUCGCACCUAA